GUAAAAAUAUAGCCUAAUAACAAAACCUACUCCAUAUCACUUACAAGCAAAAUGUCUCUCAUGAAUGCUCCUAAUCAAAAUCUAGCUACCUAUGUUGCAUUUGAUGAUUUACAACUUGGAAUUCAUGCUCAACAUGUUGUUGCUCGUAUUGUUAGAAUGUGGGAAGUUCACACCGAAAUACGUACCGUCACCGACCGUCAUGUAUUUCUCGGCCAUUCACUCCUCCUGCUUGAUGAGAAGAAUUCUGCAACUCAUUGCUUCAUCCCUGCAUCACUAGCAGAAAAAUACAAUGGUAUUUUCAAAGAAGGAAUAAUCUUACAAAUUCAAGGGUUCGAAGUUAGGCCAUGCACUAAACACAACAAAAUCACAGACCAUCCUUUUGUUAUCAAAUUCAACAAUGAAACCACAUUCAUUGUUGAAAAAGAAUCAUGGCUGAAGAUAGCAAAAGAAAAAUUCAGAGUUCACAAUCAUGCUCAUUUGGUUGGUCUUGCCAACACAAAUCUUGCUUUGCCUGAUGUUCUGUUAAUCCAACAAUUCUUGAUGGGACACUUUUCUUGGAUGGAACAAUAUACACACGGUUUUUUUUUCAACCAACACAUUGCGCCAAUCUCUAAGUUUACUAAUUGUUUUGGUGUUUCAGGAAACCAAACAUUUACCAUCAUCGACGUAGCAGCAAACAGCCCAAAAAUAGAAACAACGUGUAUUGCAAAAUUGUGCGAAUUCACUUCAAAAAGAGUUCAACAGGAUGCAUACUUUCUAUGCCAAGCUACAGUUGUGGAUGUCUUAUCAACAUAUGGCUGGAACAACAUGACAUGCACUACUUGUCUAGGGACUCUGGAACCACACCAAAAUUCACUUCUUUGUAGUAACUGCCAAGACACCAACGUUUACACAAAUGACAGGUUUCAUGUCGCAUUAGCUGUUUUAGACGGUAGUGAUAUAGCAACAUUUAUUGUAUCAAAUUAUGACCUAAUGCAUCUAAUAUGUCCAAUUUCAUAUGAAAAGUUGCACACAAAGGUGAAUGAAACCAUCUUUCCAGACCUGUCUACAUACAUGGAUGACCUCAUAGGAAAUCAUUUUCUUUUCGAAAUCAAAAUCACUGCCUUCAAUUUUUCAGAAGUUAACCGUAGCUUCACAGUAGCUAGGAUUCCCAAUUUCCCGGGUCAGGCUCAAAAAACCUUCUCGUUGGGCACCCAAGACCUUCCAUGACAGCCCUGAUUUACUAAUGAGCUUCAACACCAAAGAUGGAGGAGUAUAACAUUUUCUCAUUCUCGGCUGUUGGAUUACUGAGAAGAAACAUUGUCGUCCUUUUACGUUGUAGUUCUUCUUUUCUAUUACCGUCUUUCAAUCAAACAUUGUUAAACAG